ACCGUUUCGCUGCUACUAAUUGGUACUGUUGCCUGCAUCGCUUCUGUCUCUCCUUUCUUUCCUUUCCGCCCCUGCGGCCCCGUCCUAUCUCUUCAAGACGGUCGGUUUGCCAUAAUGACGUCCCAUCCUCGCAUGAACCCAUACACCAAGUCACGAUAUGAUGACCAGGGCAUCGAUGCCAAGAUUGUAAUCAUGGGCAACACAGGCGUAGGCAAGACCAGCCUGUUGCACCGCUAUACCCAAAACAAGUUUGAUCCUAAAAACACGACUUCAACUACUGGCGCAUUCUUCGUUACCAAGAAGGUGUACGUCGAUGGGAUCAAAGUCAGGCUGCAGCUAUGGGAUACGGCAGGCCAGGAAAGAUUCCGUAGCAUGGCACCCAUGUAUUACCGCGGGGCAAAUGCUGCCUUGUUAUUGUACGAUAUCACAAAUCUGUCUAGUUUUGACGACGUCCGUGGAUGGCUGGAAGAGUUAAAGAAAAACUGUUCUCCUGAUCUCAUUAUUUAUAUUGUGGGCUCGAAGGCUGAUCUGCAUCGGCAACGUCAAGUCACCUCAGACCGCGCGCGGCUGUCUCUGCAUACGUGGUUCCCUCCUCCAAGGCCACCUAGUCCACCGCCCCCACCACCGCCCUCGACCUUUUCGUACAUUCGGCCGCGUUUCACGUCCUUUCCGGGCAUCCGGUCGGCUCCUGCCACAGCCCCAGUGGCUAAGUCACCUCAAUCAGCAACCAGCGACCUAGGCUAUCACUCCGACCCACGAGCUACUACAAUAAAGCGCUCUCAUACAACGGCUCUAACGCGUCCUCGGGCUAAGAGCGGUGGUCCCGGCGCCCUUAGCUCAAAUUGGGAUGGCGCUAUUCGUCCCCCACAGCGUCGCUCUGACUCGCAAUUCGGAUACCGGUCCGUCGGUUGGAAUGAAGCAGUAGACGGAAGUUCUACUACCUUGGAGGACGAUGGAGAUGAGACGGAUGAGGUCGAUGACCAGGAAUGGGGUUUGCAUAAGGGAAUGGAGCUAUUUGAAGUUUCCGCCAAGGAUGAUCUCGGGAUUCAACAUCUCUUUGGCUCGUUGAUCGCUGCCAUCAUUGCAAGGAAGGAUAGCAUUGAACAAGAAAAUGAGAUGAAGAGAAGAGACAGCGUCUACCUGACUAGCAUCAAUACUCCCGUAUGGGCCACUCAAGCAGAUGCGGAGGAAACGCGAGAGAAAACUCAGGCGGCUGGCGGGGCUUCUUGGAGCUGUUGCUCAACGUGACACCUGUACCUUCUUCCUUCGCCCCUACUGUAUGUUCCUAUCAUACCCUGUGUUACUUCUUUGUCGAACCACCCUGCUCACUUGUUCUUGUUAUUACCUACAUCUAUUGCCGCACGUCCUCGCUUUCAUCCUCUGUCCAUCUUCUCCGUAUUGUCUCAUCUCACUGUUUGAUUUAUCCUCUCGAUGUUCUCUCAUUGGCCGAACGUUCUCAUAUGUCGUACGUUAUUAUUCCCUUCUGACUGAUUACCCCGCAUUGCAUACGAUGUCGUAGCAUACAUUCCAUGUCAAUAUUGAUGCCAUCAUCUCAAUCUCCCCUAUGCCUUGUUGUACGCAUGCAUGUAUCACGAUCUAGCAGUAAUGGGAUGUCUAUCACCCACGGA